GCCAACAUAAAGCAACGCCCAGGCAUACACGACACGAACCAGGCAACCAGCUGCCGAGGGAGGAACCCUAGCGGAACAGGUGACGGCGUCGCGCUACCGGUGACGGCGUCGCGCUACCGGUGACGGGGGAUACGGCGGCAUCGUCCCCCUCGGCCCCUCCUCCAUCCCCGGCGCGGCGGCGCCAGCAGCCGUCCUGCAGUAGAUUAAAGGAGCCCUAGCUUUUGGAGGAUGACCCAGCUGCCUUCAAAGUUCAAAAACAAAAUGAUGGUGGUGAGGGUGGACGAGAACCCUGCGCCGGAUGGAGAGAACUCUCCCCUGGACGAUGAGUACGUCUCGGCCGACGAUGAGCACGUUGACAAUGAAGACAAGGAGACCGAUAGCAUCGGCGACUACGAAAACCCCAGUGGGGCGCCCCAGUUGAAGAAGGGUCCUUGGUCGCCCGAAGAGGAUAAGCGUCUUAAAGACUACGUCGAGGUACACGGCGCGGGGAACUGGAAUAAGGUGCAGAAGAAUGCCAUGCUCAACCGUUGUGGCAAGAGCUGCCGUCUCCGCUGGACCAACCACCUCAGGCCCGAUCUUAAGAAGGAUCCUUUCGACGCUGAGGAAGAGGAAAAGAUAAUCAAGCUUUACAUCAGGUGGGGCCCCAAGUGGUCCAUGAUGGCCUCAUAUUUGCCUGGCCGCACAGAUAAUGAAAUAAAAAACUUUUGGAAUACCAGAAAAAGGAGAAAACAGAGAUGUGGUUCGCCUCUCCAUCCAGAAUAUAUGCUUUCUCAGCUUAGUCAUAAAGACAUGGACUGUGAAACUCCUGGAGAAUCACAUGGCAAGAAACGGUCAAAUGAGUGCUCAAAAGAAAAGGUUGUUGAUGUGCAAGAACUUGUGGAUGAGUUAAUUGUAUUUGAGCACCUUGACUAUGGUAAGGAUACAGUGUUUCCAACCAGACCUUUGAAAUGCCAUGCAUCUACUAGUAGUGUGCAAAUUCCUGGUGCCAUUGAGAAAACCUUUUGUCCCACUGAUUUGAACUAUGUAAUGACAAAGAAUCAGUCGGUGCAUGUUGGUAGUGCCAUUGGCAGUGGCUAUCCAGUAUAUGGUGGCAGACUCUCUACUUCAGGGACCAUAUUCGGUUCCAUUCAGACAGAGAUCCCUUCGAUCCAAAGUUCCAGCUAUAGCCCAAGUAAUGACUGGUUGGCUCAAUGUCCUUCGGCUUGCAUUGAGCAACGGAUUCCAAUGGAAUGCAAUACAAUAUCUCAGUCAAAAGCUUACCUUAUGAUGCAUUCUUCUUCAGCUUUCUGUGCCCCUGAACAUGAGGCCUGUUCUGAAACUCAAGCUCCAGACUUAUGUUCAGGUUCAGAUGCUGUUUUCGACCCCAGCCAGUGUUAUCCAGUUGCUAGUUUUUCUGAUCUUGGGAUCUCGGAUACACUACUAACAAAAGGUCUCUUGAAUGAUAUAGCACUAGCAAGUUUGUUGAAUGUUAAUUUGAAGGACCAGUCACAUAUCAACAGGCAGGAACCUACCAAUGAUACAUCACUAGGAGGAGCAAGUUUCUUGAAUGCUAAUUUGAAGGACCAGUCACAUCUCAACUGGCAGGAACAUAUGAAUGAGACAUCACCAGUAGCAGGUUUAUUGAAUGCUAAUUUGGAGGAGCAGUCACAUCUCAACUGGCAGGAACCUAAGAAUGAGUCAUCACCAGAAGCAGGUUUCUUGAAUGCUAAUUUGGAGGAGCAGUCACAUCUCAACUGGCCCUUGCAGGAAUGUGAGCCAUGGAUUGAGAGACAAAUGUUUUGACCAAUAGUUUGAUCCUUGUUACAAGCCUGACUUCCCAUGUUCCUGAGCAGCAGUUUCCUCUACUGCACAACCAGGGCCAGAGUGAGCAACAACCAAGAUAUUCUUGUGAGCGUGAUGGAAAUUACAUUUUAGUUCUCUGCCUUCGCUGUCUUAAGCUCUCUGAAGUAUUGUCUUCGACUUUGCUGGGAUGAUGAGCUGCUGCCCCGAGACAACAACAGUCAGCCAGACCAAAAUCACUUAAAUAGUUUUAACAAUGUAUUAAGUUUUGUCUUGUUACCUGCUGUCUGGCGUCUGCCAUGUUUUGUCCACUGUUAAACUUGUCUAAUAAUACCCUUUUAGGGCUAAUUUGGAAAGCCUCAAUGUCUUAAGUUUUGUCUUGGU